AUGGAACCUAAACUUUUUAUUGAACAGUUAGAGCAGUUCGCUGAGAGCGAUUACUCCGAUGUUACGCUCAUUGUGGAUGGCUAUCGUAUUCCAGCUCAUCGGAUCAUCUUGGCUGCUAGAAGUGAUUAUUUUCGAGAGUUACUGUUCGACGGGAAGAUGUACAAUCAUACCGACAUUAUUCUGUCUGUUGACCUGACAGUCUUCCUGCGGGUACUCAAGUACAUUUAUACAGGGCAUCUGCCGCUUUCAGAGAUGGAACUAGAUCUUGUCGUCAGUACGCUACACCUCGCUCGAACAUUUGAUUUGGUUGAUUUGAUGUCGGAUAUUUUGAAGUACUUGAUCGAACUUCUUCCUGUUAUAAACGUGUGCGAAGUGCUGAAUGAUGUUCGAAUGAAUGCAAGUAAAGACGUCAUGGUGACUACAUUAUGUCUUUCGGUCAUGGAUCGAAAGGCUGCCGAUAUAUUGCAGCAUGAAACCUUUCGCAACCUCUCGCUCGACGCGAUAAAUAGUUUACUAUCGCGGGAUUCAUUUUUCGCUCGUGAGAUUGAUAUCUUCAAGGCAGUUCACAACUGGUAUCAAGAGAACAUGAAAAGUGUGAAAAACGUGAGCGAUCUUCUAUCCAAUAUACGCUUCUCGUUGAUGUCUCAAGCGGACCUGUUAUCGGUGGUGUUGGACUCGGGCAUGCUGGAUUCCAAUCAAAUACUGGAUAUAAUGAAAAAUCGAGUAUCAGGCGUUGAACUUCCGUUUCGUGGAAAAUUGAGCCUCGGAAACAAUUUGGCUUCGUAUAGUCCGACAUUGAUGGUGGAAUCGAACAGCAAGGCCAAGGUUUAUGAUCUGGGCGAUCCACAUUAUGUAAACUGCAUUAUUCUUACAGUACCAAAUAGUUGUGAUUUAGAUGCGACAUUUAUCAUCGAAGUAUCGGUCGAUAAAACACAUUGGAAAAAUGAUUUUGAAAACUCUAAAACCAUCACGCACUUGUGCGGUUACGUGUACAAACUGAUAUACCGCUUUCUAGCGGAUCCUCGGCUACCAUUUUUCAACAAUUUGCUUUACAAUCUGGAACUUCUGCUCGAAAUGUGCAACACGUUCCUGAUGAUCUGCGGAUACCACCUGCAAAUGAAUAUGUAUGAGCAGAUCCUGAGUUGA